GUGUGUUUCUUUUUCCCUGUCAAUAAUCCUGGAUCCCAGACUUCUUCGUUCCUCCGGAUUUCGAUCCCCCUUUUUCUAUCUGUCAAUCAGCGCCGCCUUUGAACUGAAAAGCUCUCAGUCUAACUUCAACUCACUCAAAUCCGAGCGGCACAGGCUCUCUAUAUCUGCAGGUUCUACCCCCCUCAUAUUUUUUGCAGCUGACUUGUUUGGUUUGUUUGCUGCAUUUUUUUUAUAGUUUUCCCCUCCCCCGUCUUUCCCUCCCUCCUUAUAUAAUUUUUUUAUUAUUAAUUUUUGUGUGUCUGCCCGCGUGUGUCUGUGUGCGCGCUUUACACACUGAUCUGAUCUUCGGAAGAAAAGAGAAGAGAGACACAAAAUCCAAAAGAAGGAAAAGAAGAAACCCAAAGUCACUGGUGCAAAAGGAAAGAAGGGACACUGCCUUCCCCUCCUCUUCCUCCUCCCUCUUUUCCCCUCCCCAGGAGAAAAGAAAAGGAAAAAAGGGGAAAAAAACUUUCACCUUGGACACUUUUUGAAAAAAUUGCAAACUUCCCUCUUUUCUUUCUUUUUUAUCCUUCCCCCCUUCCCUUUUUUUCUCUCCCUCCCCUCCCCUCCGUCCUUGCAAAAUUGCUGCUGGUGGGGUAAGUCAGGAGGAAAAUGCCGCAACUCAAUGGCGGUGGAGGGGACGAUUUGGGGGCAAACGACGAAUUGAUCUCUUUUAAAGACGAAGGGGAGCAAGAAGAGAAGAUCUCGGAUAAUUCGUCGGCAGAGAGGGAUUUAGCCGAUGUCAAAUCGUCUCUAGUCAAUGAAUCAGAAACGAAUCAAAACAGCUCUUCAGACUCGGAGGCGGAGAGGCGGCCUCCUCCUAGGUCCGAAAGUUUCAGAGAUAAAUCCAGAGAAAGUUUAGAGGAAGCUGCGAAAAGGCAAGAUGGAGGGUUGUUUAAGGGCCCACCAUACCCUGGGUAUCCCUUUAUAAUGAUCCCCGACCUGACCGGCCCCUACCUCCCCAAUGGAUCCCUCUCGCCCACGGCAAGAACGGAAAAAAGGAUCAGGAGUACCAAUGCCCCUAAGGGCAAUGCAGAAUUUUACCUCCAGAUGAAAUGGCCACUGCUUGAUGUUCAGGCAGGGAGCCUACAGAGUAGGCAAGCCCUCAAGGAUGCUAGGUCUCCAUCUCCAGCACACAUUGUUUCUAACAAAGUCCCAGUUGUGCAGCACCCACACCAUGUACAUCCUCUCACGCCGCUUAUUACAUACAGCAAUGAGCACUUCACACCAGGGAAUCCUCCUCCACACUUACCAGCCGACGUAGAUCCAAAAACAGGAAUUCCACGGCCUCCGCACCCUCCAGACAUAUCUCCUUAUUAUCCACUAUCACCGGGCACUGUAGGGCAAAUCCCCCAUCCGCUAGGAUGGUUAGUACCACAGCAAGGUCAACCAGUCUAUCCAAUCACAACAGGUGGAUUCCGACAUCCCUACCCAACCGCUCUGACUGUCAAUGCUUCCAUGUCAAGCUUUCUCUCCUCUAGGUUCCCUCCACACAUGGUUCCUCCACAUCAUAGUUUACAUACAACUGGGAUCCCUCAUCCAGCCAUAGUCACACCAACAGUCAAACAGGAAUCUUCCCAGAAUGAUGUUGGCUCACUCCAUAGCUCAAAACAUCAGGACUCCAAAAAAGAAGAGGAGAAAAAGAAGCCGCAUAUAAAGAAACCUCUUAAUGCAUUUAUGUUGUAUAUGAAGGAAAUGAGAGCAAAAGUUGUAGCAGAAUGCACAUUGAAAGAGAGUGCAGCCAUCAAUCAAAUCCUUGGUCGAAGGUGGCAUGCAUUAUCCAGAGAAGAACAAGCUAAAUAUUAUGAACUAGCCAGAAAGGAACGGCAGCUCCACAUGCAGCUCUACCCCGGCUGGUCCGCACGGGAUAACUAUGUAGGUGGCUAUGGCAAAAAGAAGAAAAGGAAAAGGGACAAACAGCCAGGAGAGACCAACGAACACAGCGAAUGUUUCCUAAAUCCUUGCCUUUCACUUCCUCCGAUUACAGAUGCAAAUACUCCAAAGAAGUGUCGGGCAUUGUUCGGGCUUGACCGACAGAGUUUAUGGUGCAAACCGUGCAGGAGAAAAAAAAAGUGCGUUCGCUACAUACAAGGUGAAGGCAGCUGCGUCAGCCCACCCUCUUCAGAUGGAAGCCUACUAGACUCUCCUCCGUCUUCUCCCAACAUGCUAGCCUCCCCCACAAGAGACUCAAAACCACAGACUGAACAAACCCAACCUCUCUCACUCACAUUGAAACCUGACCCAUUGACACACCUCUCAAUGAUGCCACCCCCACCUUCCUCCAUAGUCCUGACUGAAAGCUCCACUAGCAAAUCCAGCGGCCUGUCUGCUAGUAAUUGUCAGAACGGGGCAUUGGACCAUCAGUCUGCCACUUUACACCAGUCAGCACCAUCCUCCUCUUUGUUAGCGCAGCCGUCAACAUCCUCUUUGCAUUCCCAUAAUUCUUUGGCUGGGACACAGCCUCAGCCACUGUCUCUUGUAACCAAGUCUUUAGAAUAGCUUUAGCCUCUUGUAGCCGAUUUUAAUCUUAAUUUUUGUGUCAAGAUUACCCUUCUUUUUGUUUAUAUUUUUUAAAAAUUUGUGCCAUAAGGCUGGCUACAUUAGUUGAUGUGUAUCGAGUUCAUUGGUCAAUAUUUGACCCAUCCUUAUUUUAAUUUUUUUCUUUUUAAAUAUGUAGAUGGAGAAAAAAAGCCUCAUGAUUCUGCCAAAAUUUUUAUCAACAGCUGUUUAAAGUCUUUGUAGCGUUUAAAAUAUAUAUAUAUAAAUAUAUAUAUACAUACUUGUUAUGUAGUUCCAAUAGCUUAGUUUCAAAGACUGAUUUUAAAAAUGAAAAAAGCAAUUUUGAAGCAGCCUUUGCCGAAGGCGUUGGUUCUUUAUUAUUUGUAUUAAAUACGAGCUUGCGAACCAAUCAUUUUACAUCUGGUUUUUAAAACUUUGUAAGGGCACAAUGAAUGCGGUGCCGCUAUUUUUUCCUGUUUUUUUUCCUUUAUGUGAUAUAACUUUUUCUUGUGAUGUUACUUGUUAUUGUUUAAAUGUACAGAAACAAAGGGUUAAAAUGUGUUAAUAUACCUUGUUCCAUGGUGUUGCUCUUUUUGGGGGGAGGGAAUGCUACUCAACAAUUAAAAAGUAUCACAACGCUAUUGGACCAGUAGUAUUUAUUGCUUUAGAGAUUGCUUGUUGUACCUGUAUGUUUGUCCAUUUUUUAAAAAAAAAGUUUUCCUUUUUUUUCUUGAAACGUGUAAAGUUUUUUCCCCCUUAGUGUAAGCAUCAUAUAUAUAACAACUCAUUUGUACAAGGUUUUUUUAAGUUUAUAUAUAAAUGUGUGUAUAUAUAUAUUUUUGUUGGUUUCUUUUUUGUUUUGUUUUAAUUUUUUUUCUGUCAUACAGUUGCCACCAAAUGGACAUUUGCAGAUGGAUCAAAUAGUGUAAAAAUGCUUUAAAAGCCAUUACAUGAAAUAAGACUUGAAAAUUUAACAUGGGCCUUUUUAGCAAUGCUGUUGGAAAAACAGCAGUUUCUCAUUCAGAACUGCAGGUGACUUCCCCUGCCACUGGUAGGCUGUGAGCAAAACUUCUUAUGUGCCAAAAUUCUCGGUGAUUUUCUCUUUUCCCAACAAUUUUUAUGCUGUAUUUUUUUGUUUUGUUCAUCCUGUUUUGCUGUGAUGUUACAUAGGUAGAUAUGUAUGUAGUUUUUAAUGUCACCUAUUACAGACGUGUUUGGUAGCAGAUUGUCCAGAAAGCAUUUAAAAAUGAAGAGGUAUAAACCCUAAAGGGCCAAAUUCUGUAUAUUAGAGUAUUCAUAAAAGGAAAAAUCAGACUGCCACUUUUAUGUACACUUACUACAUACAGGUAGGUAGCGAACCUUCAGAAAAAAAACUAGGCAUGUUGAUGUUGCAAAUUUUUAAAAAGAAGAUAAAUGCUGUAUAAAGCUGAAAAAAUGUUCAUCCAGUGCCAUUGUAGUUGACAUGAAGCGAUUGUAAAACUGUCUCCAGUUUUCUUCUAUGGUUUAUUAAGAUGCUAACUAUGACAUUUUUUUGUGAAUCCUUUGAAUGUUUCCUAACAGUUGUGAUGUUACUGUUCCGUUUUAUUGCUCUUAUUCCAAUUUUUUCAUUUCUAAUGGUUUGGAAGCCAUUUUUGUAAUGAAUAAAUGUCCAUGCUGUACAGUAUCUGUAGCAUGCAGUUCUGGAUUAAUAAAAGCAACUUAGUAUGUGCA